GCGAGAGAGAGAGAGAAACGUCCACAACUCAAAAGAGUGAAAAAGAUGGCGACGAGAGAGAGGGAGAGAGAUCGAGAGCUUUUGAUUCCCGUAGCAGGAGGCAUUGCAGAAGAUGGUGGAGGCUCCAAAUCUUCGUCGUCGAGACCGACUUCUCCUCCCGUUUCUUUGUCUCAUCACACUGGAAGAGAGGCAUUUUAUAAAGUCAUCCGUAGCUGGGCUUCGAAAAAGUUUAUGACAGGAUGUGUCAUACUUCUUCCUAUAGCCAUCACAUUCUACAUCACUUGGUGGUUCAUUCACUUUGUAGAUGGAUUCUUCUCCCCAAUCUACCAUCAUCUGGGGAUCAAUACAUUUGGUCUUGGAUUCAUCACUUCAAUCACUUUUAUCUUCUUAAUUGGUGUGUUCAUGUCUUCAUGGUUGGGAGCUUCUGUUCUUGGUUUGGGUGAAUGGUUCAUUAAGAAAAUGCCAUUCAUAAGUUACAUUUAUUCUGCCUCAAAGCAAAUAAGUGCAGCAGUAUCACCAGAUCAGAACUCCCAUGCCUUCAAGGAAGUGGCUAUCAUAAAACAUCCACGUGUUGGAGAAUAUGCCUUUGCCUUCAUCACAUCAACAGUGAUCCUCCAGAUGAGUGAUGGCGAAGAGGAGCUUUGCUGUGUUUUUGUACCCUCAAACCACCUAUAUGUUGGAGAUGUUUUUCUCAUCAGCUCAAAGGAUAUUAUGAGGCCAAAUUUAUCUGUACGAGAAGGGAUUGAAAUUGUAAUUUCUGGUGGAGUGUCGGUACCUCAAAUAAUAACUACAGUUGAUGCAAAAGCCAUUCGGUCCGCAAGAGUUGUCAGGAAUCCAGUAUUCAAAGUUCCAUCAGUCUGAUGGUAUCUGCAAAUAGUGAACCUUCUUCAUUUGUUUUUAUCCUCUAGAAAACAUGAUUUGUUGGUCAUUGGUAACAUGUGACAAAGUCCUGCAUCUGUGAAUCUGAAUAUUAACAGUACUAGAUGACCAGUUAUGAAGGAUCAACUUACCAGAAGGAAUCGAAACACAAGGCCAUUGGAUAUUUGGAUCAGAGUUCAUUGGAGUACCUUGGCAGUUCUCAUGAC